AUGCGAGGGUCGCCGGCCGGCACGGUGCGAUGGCUGCUCCUCAGCGACCUCUACUUCAAGCACUAUGACCUGGACCGGGUGCGGCAGACGGCGCGGUGGAUCGUCGCCCAGGCGGAGCGGCACCAGGUCGGGCGGGUCGUGGUGUGCGGCGACCUGCUGACAAGCCGCACAAUACAGCCGACGGACGUGCUAUCUGCGUAUUACCGCUUCGUCGGCUGCCUUAGCGAC